GACCCAUGCUCUGGCUGCCGGAGGCCGGCCAGGAUCAGCAUCUGCUUGGCGACAACAACGAGGGGCCGGUGUUGCUGCUAUGGCGAGCAGUGGUAGCCUAACGACCGCCGCUUCGCCUAAGGAAGCGCCCGACGCCGACAGCGCCAUUACUCGCGGCCCCAGGGUCUCAGUCGCCACCUCCUGGGAAUGUCAAGCGGACCUGACCAAUGUCCUGCGCCUCAUUCCGGAGGAGGACGAACUCGGAACUGAGGAGCUUUUGGGCCCUCCGCAGAACGGUGAGAAUAUUGUGGUACUGGAAGGAUGUUUAAAUAAUGAAAACAUAGAUCCAUGUUUUCUCUACUUGCACUGUGACCCGAAUGGUUCUGAAGAAAUUAUGAGUCUUGGCAUUGUUAGUGAAGCACGAAACAUGGAAAUAUAUGUAGGAGAAGAAUAUUGUGCAACUGGUAGAGGACAAAAAGUCAUUGCUAUCCAAAAUGGCAGCAAAAAUAAUCAGGUUACAUUAUACAAAAAAUAUAUAAAAUUGGAGUGCUCUACAACCUCUUGUAAAAUUAAGCUACUCUCAAUCAGAGAAAAAAAGAGAGUACUCAUCAGCAGAAUCUUAGUGCAAGUUUCUACAAAACCUGUGCCAGAAUUUUCUAUGGUAGGAUCAAGCAUUGACUUGGACAGAGUGCAAGCUAUAAUGGAAUCUAUGGGAUCAAAAUUGUCACCUGGUGCUCAACAGCUCCUGGAUAUGGUUCACUUUCAACAGAAGAAUGGUCCCUCUUUUGGAAGCAAGCUACAAAAUAUCUUUGGGAGAAAAGGAUUUGUGUUUAGAAACAAUCAUUCUGUUGAUGGAUUGCAAAAGGCAUCUGAAUUUGAAAGUCUAAGCCACUUGCCCAAUGGGCCUUCUUCUCUUAAACCUGGUUCAACAGUUGGAAAAGUUCUACAAGAUUUAAAAACAUCCACUAAUAUAAACAAACAAGAACCUAAUAGAGGUAAUGUUUUUGAACCUCUGUGGGGUCUCACACCACAGCAUAAUGCCAUGCUUUCUCAAAAUGACUUUAAAGGUUUGAUGUCAUCACUUUUACAAGAGCAGUCAAAUGAAAACUCAAAUAUACCCAGUUCUACAUUUUUGUUUCCAUUUCUUCAAACUUUAUGUGGUCAAGUAAAUCGUUUACAAGUAGAUGAAAAGAAGAAACACCGUGAGAAUAAUUCUGCAUCUAUGUCUGAAGAUGUGGCAGCUCAAACUCUUCGAAUGGAACAGCCUAUUUGCCACUACCUGGAAGACAUAAUCUCCAAACAUAUGGAACUGAUGGAGAAGAGACUAACAGACUAUAUUGAUCUGCAUAUGCAGAAACUUCAAGAAUAUCUUGAUACUAAAGUUGCUACAAUAAUGUAUUUGGUUCAGAAUUCCAAAAACAUUAGAGAAGAUCAUGAUCCUUCAAAAGAAGGAAACUCCAGUGGGAAUACGUAGGCAAUCUUUGAAAAAUGUAAGAUCUUAAUGUAGUUUCCAGUGUCAAGUGUUCAUUUUGCUAGUCUUUCAAAACUUUAUGAGCUUGCUAAUAUUUAAAACCUCCGUAUUUUUACUUGUUGCUGUAUUUCUCCCCAGUAUUGUACACUAAUGUUUGUAUAUCUGAACCUUGCAAAACACAUUUUUUUUUACAGUUCAAAGAAUUUUUCUACAUCUACUUUGUACUUAUUUAUUCAUAAACAUUUCCAAAAAUAUACUUUUUGGAACCUUUAUCAACCUCCUAUUAAACAAUAGAUGUAUUUAAAAUUUCAGAAAGAAGUAUUUGUGACAUUAUCUCUAACUCGUUUCCUAGUCAUAAUGUAACAAGCAAA